AUGCUGUCCAGUGAAGACAAGAUGGCCAUCUGGAUACUGACUGGCAUGACUGCAAGCCUCACAAUAUUCUUCAAUCUGUACAUCCUGCUGACGAACCUGCGGAGCUACAGACAGAACGGCCACUGGCUUCCCUGUGAGACUAUCAUCACAGCCCUCUCUGUGGUUAGCGGCACCCACCAGCUGGUCUCUUAUUUCUGGAUAACAAUGGACAAGAUGGACACCGACUGUCUCCUGAAUAGCCUCCCUUUCUCCAUUCUGCUGGUGACGGUACACAGCCUGAAGUUCUCUAUUAUGUGGAUUACCGCCUUCCUGACGUUCUACUACAGUACUAAGCUGGUGAUCGAGCCCAUCCACUGCUACACCAAGAUCCAGGAGGCCAUUCUCAAGCACGUCACCACCGUGGUCCUGAUCAUUCCUCUGUGCGGGUUUGCCAGUUGCAUGCCCCUCCUGGUUGUCCUCUCCCAGCACAACAGCACAGAGACUAACCCUAAUCCCGACUGCGGCAGUCUGGCGACCACCGGCAUCCAAGGCAUGGCGUACCUGGCCUACUACCUGCUCAUGUCCGACAUCAUCCCCGGUCUGCUGAUGGUGAAGAGCAGCAUCUCCAUCAGCGUCCACCUGGCCAUCCACCUGCGCCACAUGAAGGCCAGCACCAACAGCUUCCACUCCCCCAAGCUGGGCUCCGAGAUGCGUGUCAUCCGCAUGAACCUGGGCCUGGUCAGCGUGUUCCUCUGCUUCCUGGUCGUGGACCUCUAUGUGCACUAUAUGAGCAUGGUCAAGAGGCAGAACGUCCUGGUGCUGACCAUCCUCUUCUCCUCGGUCUAUACAGCGGUCAAUUCCCUGGUGCUCAUCUACGGGAAGACAACCUUCUGGAAAGAGCUGCUCCAUCAGUUCAGCCUUUUACUGGAUGUGUUCCCCUGCCUCGCCUGCUUCAAGGUUCCAGAGACCAAGCACAACUUAAGUGCCACUUAG